AUGGCUCCUCUCCGCCCGCUCCACCUGCUCCUGCUGCUCCCCGCCGCCCUGCGCUUCCUCCGGGCGGCGGCGGCGGACCCCACGUACGGUUGCCUGUUUGACUCUCAGCUCUGUUCUCCUCAUGAGAUCUGCGUAAACGACGGGAUGUUCGGUCGGUGUCAGCGUCGCCCCCUGCAGGACGUCUUCUCCUACGACGUGUCUCCUUCUGUGGUGCAGAGGUUCAGAGCUCUGCUGCACAAACUCUCCAGCCGAGGUCUGACGUGGGAGGACGACGUCACUCAGAGGAUUCUCUCUAAAGAACUGUCCAAACUGAGGAGGAUCCCCAUGAGACCCCAGGCAGGACCGGGACCGGGAUCAGGACCUGGACCGGGACCUGGACUGGGAUCAGAGCCGGUCUACAGCCCCGAAGGCCGGGCUCAGGUGGUGCAGCCGGUGGAGCAGGAACUGAGGAGGAACCUGCAGGUUUAUCUCCAGAGACUCGGACUCCUGCCCAGAACAUCUCCACAAGUCAGUCGUCUCCAGCCUUCAGCUCCAGUGAAGCCUCCUCUGCUCCCACAGAAGAUCUCACAGGACACAGACGAGCGCCUCCUGGUGGACGCUCUGAGGCGGCUCUUCUCCUCGGGGGCGUCUCAGGACGUGGACGUGGGCAGAGAGGUUCCUCCUGCCCGUCCUCGUCCCUCCUCGGGCGGGAGCAGAGCCGGAGCACGAGCCCCCCUCAGCUCUGUGGACGAGCGUUUCAUCCAGGGCGUCCUGAGGAACAUCGGGCGGGAGAACGUGGACGUGGACUCUCUGUCUCCUCACGACGUGGACCAGCUCUCCGCCUUCAUCGCCGACGCCCUGCAGCUGGUCGACCGGGACCGGAGCCCGGACCGGAACCAAGACCGGAGCCAAGUCCAGAGCCGGGAUCUGAGCCGGGAACAGAGCGAGGGACAGACCGGACCAGAACCCAGAGACCCGGAGCCAGAGACGCAAGAAGAACCAAAGAGGAGCACAGAAACUCCAACCACACAAGAAGAGCGCCGCGCUGAAGACCAGGAGCAGAGUGUGAAGCCUGAAGGAGAACAGCUGCUGAACAAGCUCCUGGCCUACCUGGACCAGACCUCCGUCCUGGACACGGACCAGUCCAGGCCCGGUCCUAAACCCCUGGACUCUGUGGGCUCCUCGGUUGGUUCCUCGGUGGGUUCCUCGGUGGGUUCCUCGGUGGGGGGCCGGGCCGUGGGGUUGGAGAGCGUUCAGAGCAGGACCAGAGAAGCGGCCGUGUCCGUGCAGAAGAAGGACACUCAGUCCGUGGAGGAGCUGUCCGAGGUGCUGGGCUGGGUGAAGGAGGUCCAGCCCGCUCCUGCCGCUCUGCUCUACGGAGAACGUCAAGGAGAACCACGACGAGGAGGAGGAGGAGGAGAACCACCACCGCGAGGGAAAGCGGUCCAGGUCCCAGAGCUGGAGCUGGACGUGAGGACCAACGGCAGGAGACCGGACGAGUUUGGAUACGUGAUCACCGACACAGAUGGUCUUCAGACGGACGAGGGGCUUCACCUGAUGGAGGUUCUCGCUCACAUGUCCAACAUUCACAUGGCAAACUUCGCCGAACUCUCAGUGGUGGGUCCGGCCGUCACCUUCAGAGUGAGUCCAAACCCGCAGAACGUGAGCACAGCCGACGUGGCCCGAGUCGCAGUGGAUCAGAAAGAGACUCUGGAGCGAGAGACCAAGUUUAAGAUCCUGGAGGCCGGAGUCGCUGAUGAGACUCAGAUAAACCAGAUCCCGACGAAGUACAGUCAGGCCGAGUCCACCAAGUUCCUGAUCCUGACGGUCGUCUCCAUUCUGUGCAUCGUCCUGGUUCUUCUGGGCUCCACGGUGAUUUACUGCCUGAGGAACCGCUCCCACCACAAGCUCAAGGAGAAGCUCAGCACGCUGGGCCAGGAGAGCGCCGACCCCACCUCCACCUACCAGGAGCUGUGCCGCCAGCGCAUGUCGGUCAAACCCCCCGAGCGCUCGGAGCCGCUGUCGUCUCGCAUCAACAGCGUCUCGUCUCAGUUUUCGGACGGAGCGGCGGCUCUGAGCAGCCCCUCGGGUCGAGCCAGUCUGUCCUCGUGGAGCGAAGAGCCGGCCGCCUCCAGCCUGGACAUCUCCACCGGACACAUGAUCCUGGCCUACAUGGAGGACCACCUGAAGAACAAGGACCGUCUGGAGCAGGAGUGGGAGGCUCUGUGCGCGUACCAGGCCGAGCCCAGCGGCGCCACCGUCGGGCUGAGGGACGGGAACGCCAAGAAGAACCGCUCGCCCGCCGUGGUCGCCUACGAUCACUCCAGAAUCUGCCUGAGAGCCGAGACCAGCCAGGCCAACUCGGACUACAUCAACGCCAGCCCCAUCAUGGACCACGACCCCAGGAGCCCCGCCUACAUCGCCACCCAGGGCCCCCUGCCCUCCACCGUCGCCGACUUCUGGCAGAUGGUGUGGGAGAACGGCUGUGUGGUGAUCGUGAUGCUCACUCCUCUGGUGGAGAGUGGAGUCAAACAGUGUUACCACUACUGGCCCGACGAAGGAUCCAACCUGUACCACAUCUACGAGGUGAACCUGGUGUCCGAGCACAUCUGGUGCGAUGACUUCCUGGUCCGGAGCUUCUACCUGAAGAACAUGCAAACCAACGAAACUCGCACCGUCACACAGUUCCACUUCCUCACCUGGCUGAGCUCGGGGGCACCGGACAACAGCCGCACUCUGCUCGACUUCCGCAGGAAAGUGAACAAGUGUUACCGCGGACGCUCCUGCCCCAUCAUCGUACACUGCAGUGACGGCGCGGGCAGGACCGGCACCUACAUCCUCGUCGACAUGGUCCUGAACAAAAUGGCCAAAGGAGCCAAAGAGAUCGACAUCGCCGCCACACUGGAACAUCUGAGGGACCAGAGACCGGGGAUGGUCCAGACUAAGGACCAGUUCGAGUUCGCCCUGACGACCGUCGCCGAGGAGGUGAACGCCAUCUUGAAAGUCCUGCCGCAGUAGAAGAAAAACCCCGUGUGACCUCCGACCCCGCGCCC